AUGACAACCUCUAAGAAAGACGUGAAAAUCGCGAAGAAUUUGCCUUCGAUGAAGGGGAAGAUGCGUAAGGUCCAGGAGGACGAAUCUGACUCAGACGAGUCCUUCCACUGUUGCGGACGGCCUGAGGAUCUGCUUGAAGAUGCGCGCUCCUUAAUGGAAAAACCUGAACCGCAGACGAACGAAGUUCAUGUGCCAGAUGACCAAGCCUACUAUCUCUAUUCCGCUGGCCUUGAAAGGCUGAAUUCCCCCAGCGGCAGCAAUGGUCCCAAACGGCGAUCCCUCCCAUCUAUUCACGAGUCCGAAGCAACUUCAUCGGUCUACUCCGCGGAUACCGACUCCACCCGGAUCGGAAGCCCUCUCCUCAUCAUCAAGACUGGCGAGGUAGUCGUGCAACCCUCUGUGCCCGAGAUAAGUCCUCUUCGCUUGGAAUUCGCCCACCCGAAUAGCCCACCUACCGGCACGGUCAAGCCAAGAAGCAAGCCGAAAUGGACGAUCCAAAUCCCCCGGCCCCGAAGCUUCAUCAGAAUGGCGAUCAGUCCCACCGACGAUUCUCCGCGAAGUCCCCGGCAUCCUUUGUCAGCCCUGCAAGCCUCCUCAGCCCCCCUCACGCCACCUACCCCGUCCCCACUCCCAUCCAUAAUCUCUCGUCGUCGCCGCGGGAUGAUCCUCAAUCCGAAUAGCCUUCCCGACGAGUUGAAGGAAUUGGCCGAAACUCAAUGCUCAGAUCUAGUCCUCCAAACCAACAACCCAGCUUGA